AUGGACACAAUUUCCCGUCAGCUGAGCGCCUGGAGUUCACUAAAAAUAACUCAGCUCGAUAGUUGCAUCCACAGCGCCAUCAGCCUUGCUUUUGCGUUGCCCCUGCACUGCCUCUUGCCUUCGCUACACACCAGGUAUACGACGGAUCAGCAAUCUCAGGCAAGCGGCUCUCACGUUAUAACAGCAACCAUGGGCCAGUUCGCUUCUCAACCCCGUGACGAUAUCUCGCCGUCCCGCGACCCGGUGCCCGGCCCUUCCCAGACCAAAGGCAACACCGAGAAUGGAAUGCCCAUUGUCACUCGCAUCCGCACCGAAGGUGGUAAGACAGCUACUGUGACCAUCACCCUCCAAGAGACAGCAUUGACGUCGGCCUUGGCAGCUACCUUCACUACCUCCUCAUUGUUGCCUAUCAUGACUACCAUGAUAACUACUGAGCUUUCCUCGCUGACUACCUCCACGCUUUCGUCUGCCGAACAGAACACGCCGCUGCCCGAGCCGACCGGUUCAUCUGACCAGGAACCCCAUGUUACACUUCCCAGGAACACAUUGAUCAUCAUCAUUUCUGCUGUUGUCGGUGGCACCUUUCUCUUCCUAAUAUUCCUCUGCAUCAUGCGCGCUUACAUGCGCCGAAGACAUGCGAUCAAGGAAGAUGCUGCUGCUGAUGCUGCUGCUACUGCUGCUGGCAUUCAGGAGGGUGAGCAGGGGGAGUCUUCUCGCCAGCAUUUUAACGAAAACGGCCUCAGCAUGGCCAUGUCUCGAGCUACCUCACGUGCGUACUCGGAGCCCGACUUAUACCAGCACUAUCACGCAUUAACCGAGGUACCCAACGCCAGUUUCCGCACUUUGCCUGCCGUAUACCCCGCGUACGAGCUGCAUCCAACACGGGUUGUCGCUGAGCUUCCCGCCGAGCUUCAUGGUGUCGGCCACCCGCAUUACGUUUAUCGAGGUUGA